UAACAACCUUUGGAGGACUCGUUCGAGUGACGUCAAGCUGAAUCUACUCGCCUGCUAUUGCAGCUGCACCACUCGCUUUCGCUUGUUCACUGGCGUCUGUUUUUUCUUGCGACGGACAAAAGACAAGCCGGAAGUUCAAGAUUUGGGAUGAGAAAUAUACCAGUGCCUAACUACAGAAAAGUAAAACAAUCUUCGUGUUUCUAUCAAAUUUGAAUGCAUUAGUUAGGGAAACAAAUUAUUUCCCGAUCAAAUGUCUAAUUCUGUUCAGACUGGAGAAUAGUGUAGGUGAUUUGAUCGAAAAAUUUGGACACUCAAUGCUCAGUACAGGUGCCCAGCCUGUAUUCACAGCAGACGCUGCGGCAGACGAUGCAAAACACCAAAGCAGAAAUUAGAAUUCUUCAAUGUUUGGGGAAAGAAUUAGAAUUUUUAACAUUUGUCUAGUUGUUAGUUUGAUACAUUUUUCUAUUCAUCUUUAGUUAGUUUAUGUUAUGACCAAAAAUUGAUCAUGGGUUCAGAAAAAAUAAACCCGAGAUGUCAAGACACAGCAAAUGACAACAAAGAUGAAAAAAAAUCCAAACCAAAAAAAUUUAAGUCAAAAAAUCCAGGCCUAGGAGUGUACUGGAUUUUGGUUUGUCUUAGAAUUGUAUUGACUUUAAUUCCUCAAACAGGGUACAUACACCCAGAUGAAUACUUUCAAACCGUAGAAAUUGUCGCUGGAGAUGUCUUUGACCUAGAGGUCGAAAGACCAUGGGAGUUCAAUGUAACUUUCCCAAUAAGGAGUAUUCUCAUUCCAAAAAUUAUUUAUGGUAUACCCUAUAUUGUGUUGGGAUCGUUCACACCAGAUCUCAGCUAUAUUUUAGGCUGGGAUGUCCGCACUCCAUACAUUAUGCUUAUUCUUCCUCGUCUGGUAGCUUGUGCACUAUCCUUUGUAACUGAUUAUUGUUUGUACAAAAUAUGCAUUUUGUAUGGUCAAAAGUUCAGAUCUCGCCUUCUUAUUCUUGCAACUUCAUAUGUCCCAGUAAUUCAUGGAACAAGGACACUAACAAAUAGUUUAGAAAUGGCUUUGAUGUCAGUCUUACUCUUUUUGGUAGCCGACUGCAUGAUAAUGUCUGAUAAGGUGAUUGAUCAAGAAGGAUUUCUGGAUCGAAAGUAUUCUUCAUCUUCUAAACCAGUGGAACGAACCAAAUUGUACAAAAUGCGAGCUGCCCUACCUUCACAUUCUCUUCGUAGAUGCUAUCCAAUCGCCUCCAUUGUGGUAGCUGGUGUUUUCAACAGACCAACAUUUCUUGCAUUUAGUCUUGCUCCAGUUUUCUUUUGGUUGCAGCGAGGCAUUAGCUCAAAGUAUUGCGGAAUUCGUGCCUUUCAUUUAAGAAUUCUUUUGUUCACAUUAUCUGCUGUCCCGACGUUAUUAAUUUUCAUAUUAGCUGAUUCCUUUUACUAUGGUCAUUUGACAUGGAAUGAAAUAGGAAUGGGUGAUGUGAGCUUGGCAAAUUUUGUUGUCACACCAUUUAAUUUCCUUUUGUAUAAUAGCAGGGAAAGUAAUCUGGCCCAUCAUGGGCUUCAUCCAAGAGUCACUCACAUGUUUGUGAAUAUUCCACUGCUUUACAAUGUUUUGGGGUUCACAGGAAUUAUUGCAGUAUCAAACUUUUUAAUUAGAGCCUCUCAAGCCCGAUGGAGGGAGCUACCUCGAGCUCAAAGUCUUAUGAUGCUCAUGACAGCAUCAUUCCUCAUCCCCGUCAUGCUUCUUUCAUUAGUGCCUCAUCAAGAAGCUCGUUUCCUUAUUCCCAUCACACUACCCCUUGUGUUUUUGCAUGCUCAAGAAAUUCAGGAUUUAGAUACAAAACCAGCUCUCACAUACAGGACACAUGAGAGUAUUCAAGAUAAGAAAAAGUCUGCCCUGAACUCUCAACCUUCAACUAAGACUGUACCCAAGGGCAGCAGAUCUCUUAUGAAUCUGUGGAUUAUGAUCAAUUGUCUUCUAGCCAUUUUCUUUGGAUUCGUGCAUCAGGGCGGAGUGUAUCCCUUAACAGCUCAUCUUAAGGAAAUCAUGCGGAAGCAGACUAAAACACAAGUCAUACAUUUAGUCACAGCAUUUAUGUAUCCCAUCCCACAAUCUUUGCUAGUGCAACGUAACUCUCGUCAAAAGUAUUUUGACCCAGUUACCAAAACCAAGUAUUUGAUAGCUCGAAAAUUUUAUGCUUAUGAGUUAGGCUCAGAAUCAUUUCCUGAUGUUGUUCAUGUUAUUAAAAAGAUUGUUCAUGAAGCAGAGGCGACCAAAAACAAGGAGCACCUCAACUACUCAGUUUAUUUGGCACUUCCGUCCAGCCUGGUUGAUGAUCAGUCUAAUUUUCAGGCAUCAGAUUUAACUUUUACGAGAGACUCUGUAUUUUAUCCACAUAUGUCAACUGAAGCAUUACCUCAGUUCACUCAAAUGUCAAACAUACUAUCUACUUCAAAUGUUUACCACCUUUAUAAUGAAACAGAUCAACCUGAUAUUGAUACGAAGUCAGGUGGACCAGCAUACUUCCAAAAUGUCAAGCUCAAGCAAACUUCUGAAGAUUCAUUAACAGGUCAAUUAUUGUACUUUUUAAAGCAGUUCAGUCUUUCAUUGUAUCUUGUUAAGAUUUAGGUAUUGGUAAUGUAUUUGUACUUAAUUUCCAAAUAAAAUACCACUAGCAAAUCA